AUGAGGUUUACCACAAUGUCAUCGUUUGGUUUGGUGGUGGUAGUCGUAAUGGCAGGCGCAGAUAUGCAGAUUGAUUUCCCCGGCUUCUUGCGAGCGCCACGGGCAGAACAAAACCUUCAGACAUUCAAAGGCGCACUCGGCGGCGUAGAAGCAGAAGCCAUAACCAACACAUCAGACCCAAAACGACCUUUCGCUGUAGGAGGAGAUACUUUCACGACAUACGAGGAUGCCGCGGUACGGACGUGUAAUAACCAGAAGAAUGCAUGCGCGAAAGUUGCGAAUGGGAAGGAUAAUCCGGAUAAUAUAGCGGUUGGAGAUUGUGAUGACCAGGAGUCGGACUGUACCAAAGUCGCCGCACAAGUCAACCCCUCCACAAUCGCAGCCGCCGCAGAGUCAACACCCAAAACAUCUACAUCAGCCGUUGUAGCUGCUCCAAAAGCUUCUUCAACACCAGCAGCUGUAGCUCCAGCGCCUGUUCAGCAAACCUCUGCCUCCCAAGAAGCCGCUCCGGCUACUACUGCUGCGCCGGUGGUUGUUGCGCAGCCGACGUUGCAUAGCUCAGACGAGCAGUUCUUUUACUUCUGUGAUCCGUGA